AUGUCGGAAACGAUAGCAUACCUGUUAGCUCGUGCAACGACAGAGGCAGCAGCAGCAACAUCCACAACAGCUGCUGCAGGCCACGGCGGGCUAUCCUCGGCAGGGCGACCGCCAGUCUACAAAGCCGUCGGAGUUUCACUCGCAGUCGCCUCGGGGGUCUUUAUCGGAUGUUCAUUCGUGCUCAAGAAGAAAGGUCUAUUGGAUGCAAACAUGAAGGAUGGAAAAGAGGCGGGGGAGGGAUAUGGGUACCUUAGAAAUGGGUGGUGGUGGAGUGGAAUGAUCUUGAUGAUUAUUGGAGAAAUUUGUAAUUUCUGUGCUUACGCUUUCGUUGAAGCUAUCCUGGUCACGCCUUUGGGUGCUCUUUCUGUCGUCAUAACUGCCAUUCUUUCGUCCAUGUUCCUAAAUGAGCGGCUUUCAUUUAUCGGUAAAAUAGGUUGUUUCAUGUGUAUAGUGGGCUCUAUAGUAAUCGUCAUAAAUGCACCCGAACAAUCUUCCGUAUCGACAAUCCAGGAUAUGAAAGGAUUCAUUCUCUCGCCUGGGUUUCUGUCGUAUGCAGGUGUUGUUAUAGUGGGAUGUGUAGGGAUAGUAAUAUGGAUUGCACCAAAAUACGGUCAAAAGAGUAUGAUGGUAUAUAUUAGUGUCUGCUCAUUGAUAGGAGGCCUCAGUGUUGUUGCAACACAAGGGCUUGGUGCUGCAGUAGUAACACAAAUCUCAGGAACACCCCAGUUCAAUCAAUGGUUCCUUUAUGUCCUAUUUGUGUUUAUUGUUAUAACACUAGUCGUGGAGAUUAUUUAUCUCAAUAAAGCGUUGAAUAUCUUCAAUGCUGCGCUCGUAACGCCGACCUAUUACGUGUUCUUUACUAGCUCCACGAUUGUAACAAGUGCAGUCCUAUUCCGCGGUUUUAAGGGAACCCCUAGCUCCAUUGCCACUGUUGUAAUGGGGUUCCUUCAAAUUUGUGCCGGCGUAGUUCUCCUCCAGCUCUCCAAGAGUGCCAAGAAUGUACCUGACACUGAAAUCUUUCGAGGAGACCUCGACCAAGUCCGCACGGUUGCCGAGCAAUCCGAGCCUGAAUCAGAACCAAAAGCAGAUGCAAUUCGUGGUACUGCUGCAAUUAUCCGUCGUAUUUCUGUUGCAAGACAGAAGAUGGAGCAAGAGGAGGCGAAAAGGAUUAGGGAAGAAAGGUUAAAGGAUAUGCUAAAUGUACCAUUGCACGAUGGGGAAAUGGUAGAAUGGGAUGGUGUGCAAAGGAGGGUUACCUGGAGUGGUAGUUCGGGAGAUGGGCCAAGAAGAAGGAAUACCACCAGCGGGCCUCACCCCCCAUUAGGGAUGAGUAGGAUGCCUGAUUUGGAGGAGGGGACAGAGGGGGAGUUUUCUCCCGUUGUGGCAAAUAGGAGGAGGAGCAUGAGCGUUGAUGAAGCUAUGAGACGACAAAUUUACGACAUCGAGGCUGAGACUGAAGAAAUACACCCACAAAGCUUUGUUGGAAGAGUCAGGAACUUAUUUGUCCCUCGCCCACGAAGUAAAGCGAGUCUCCGGGAUGAGACGGAUGUUGUAAUAGCUGUCACCUCGCCUCACCGAGACAUCACAGAUCAGGGUUUGCCGCCGCCCUCUCAAGGGCGUGCCUACGGUGAUCUUUCCGCGCCACUGCCUUUGAGAGAGUUUUCAGGCGAUUACCAUCAUCAAAUGGGCUCGAAAUCAUCGCCACAGAUGACCAUUACACCCUCAGAAGGGGAAUUUUCCUACCGUGACUUCGCGUCAGAAUCACCUCCUCCGCUGCCAAAACACGGGGUGAAGAGAACUGUCGAUGCUGGGAGCGACUACACUGCUAUUCCCCCGAGAGCCCCUCGCUCUGCACCAGGACAUAUGAAUAGUCCUGUGGUACGGCCGAUGCUUACACCGACAACCCCACAAACCCCACAUAGCGCUCAUAGUACCGAUUCAGGAUUGCGACCAGAUAGUGCAGAUCACACCUCACGGAGACAAUUUAGUUUCCAGUCUGUGUUUGGCAGACAUUCGCGAUCCCACUCUCGGGAUAGUCAUGGCGAAGGGGCCUCUGAUGUCCCUCUUCCGCUCCCUCAUGCACACUCGCAUCUAUCACAUCCUCAUCUCCCGGCUAGACUGCACGGGCUACGCAGAAAGAGCAUAAGUGGUAUCCAGGACAAAGGCAUAUCAAAGACGGAAGAGGAGAGUUUAGGUUUGGUUAAAGGCGAUAGCAGAGCAAGUACAUUGGACUACGAUAAAGAAACGGGCAGGUAUGUUGAGAGCGACGAUUCAGAGGAGGAAAGAGAGCGGGAGAGGCUACGCAGAAAAGAGUGGGGAGGCGGUGGAGAUAGCAAAAGAGGAGGUAUGUAA